GAUGCUUUUGUUUACAUCUCAAGUUGCCGCCUGGCGAUUGGCGGCUGGGCUCGAAGGGAGGGUCCGCAGGAAACGCGACACUGGGGAUGCCGCCCCCUAUCAUACGAUGGAAAUUUCCACUCUUUAGGAAGGCGAAAAGAAAAGAAAGAAGGGUCCCUCUAUCCACCCUUUUCCGAUACUUCCCCUGGAUCCUAAUCGGAAGAGAGUAGAAAAAGAGGCAGAACAGAGUGUUCUGAACAUCAACACAACGUGGCAGGAACCUUAAGCUGAAGGUACAGUAUCUUGUUUACACUGAAGGAGCUUGUGUGUGGACAAGAGAGCGCUGACAGCUCAAAUGGAUCCCAUGGAACUGAGAAAUGUCAACAUCGAACCUGAUGAUGAAAGCAUCGGCGGAGAAAGCGCUCAAGAUAGCUACACCAGGAUUGGAAAUUUAGAAAAGGCAGCAAUGAGCAGUCAAUUUGCUAAUGAAGAUGAUGAAAGUCAGAAGUUCCUGACAAAUGGAUUUUUGGGGGAAAAGAAGCUGGCAGAUUAUGAUGAUGAACAUCAUCCUGGAACCACGUCCUUUGGAAUGUCUACAUUCAACCUGAGUAAUGCCAUCAUGGGUAGUGGAAUCUUGGGCCUGUCCUACGCCAUGGCCAACACAGGGAUCAUACUUUUUAUAAUCAUGCUGCUUGCUGUGGCAAUAUUAUCACUCUAUUCAGUUCACCUCUUAUUAAAGACUGCCAAGGAAGGAGGGUCUUUAAUUUAUGAAAAAUUAGGGGAAAAAGCAUUUGGAUGGCCUGGGAAAAUUGGAGCUUUUAUUUCCAUUACAAUGCAGAACAUUGGAGCAAUGUCAAGCUACCUCUUUAUCAUUAAAUAUGAACUACCUGAAGUAAUCAGAGCAUUCAUGGGACUUGAAGAAAAUACUGGAGAAUGGUACCUCAAUGGCAACUACCUCGUCAUAUUUGUGUCUGUUGGAAUCAUUCUUCCACUUUCUCUUCUUAAAAAUUUAGGUUACCUUGGUUAUACCAGUGGAUUUUCUCUUACCUGCAUGGUGUUUUUUGUCAGUGUGGUGAUUUACAAGAAAUUCCAAAUACCCUGCCCUCUGCCUGUUCUGGAUCACAGUGUUGGAAAUCGGACAUUCAACAACACACUUCCAAUGCACGUGGUCAUGCUACCCAACAACUCGGAGAGUAGUGGUGUGAACUUCAUGAUGGAUUACACCCACCAGAAAACUGCAGGGCUAGAUGAGAACCAGGCCAAGGGCUCUCCUCACAGCAGUGGAGUAGAGUAUAAAGCACACAGUGAUGACAAGUGUCAACCCAAAUACUUUGUAUUCAACUCCCGGACCGCCUAUGCAAUUCCUAUCCUAGCAUUUGCUUUUGUAUGCCACCCUGAGGUCCUUCCCAUCUACAGUGAACUUAAAGAUCGGUCCCGGAGGAAGAUGCAAACAGUGUCAAAUAUUUCCAUCACAGGGAUGCUCGUCAUGUACCUGCUUGCUGCCCUCUUUGGUUACCUAACCUUUUAUGGAGAAGUUGAAGAUGAAUUACUUCAUGCUUACAGCAAAGUGUACACAUUUGACAUCCCUCUCCUCAUGGUACGCCUGGCGGUCCUCGUGGCAGUAACACUAACUGUUCCCAUUGUCCUGUUCCCAAUUCGUACAUCAGUGACCACACUAUUAUUUCCCAAAAGACCCUUCAGCUGGAUAAGACAUUUCCUGAUUGCAGCCAUACUGAUUGCACUUAAUAAUGUUUUGGUCAUCCGUGUGCCAACUAUAAAAUACAUCUUUGGAUUCAUAGGGGCUUCUUCUGCCACUAUGCUGAUUUUCAUUCUCCCAGCAGUUCUUUAUCUGAAACUUGUUAAGAAAGAGCCUCUUAGGUCAACCCAAAAGGUCGGGGCUUUAAUUUUCCUUGUGGUUGGAAUCAUCUUCAUGAUUGGAAGCAUGGCGCUCAUUAUCAUUGACUGGAUUUACAAUCCCCCAAAUUCCAAGCAUCACUAACCCAAGGGAAAAUACUUUCUUUUUCUGUUGGAAAUGGUUGCAAAUUAUGCUCCAAAAGACAUUUGAGUUUCCUUAUUGGAAUGUUAUUCAUAGGUAAUAACAGGAAGAUUCCAAAAAUGUUUACUAGUAACAUCACCAGUCACCUGCAGAAGAGAAAAUCAUCAUUUUUAUCAAGAAUGGCUGUUUAUAUGUUUAAAAUCUGUGGUGCACAUUUCUCCCCAGGUUGUACUACAGCAGUGUGAGAUGAUGUAUUUUUGCUGCUGGACAAGCAGAAUAAGGGUAACUGCAUGUAUGGUCAUCAGAUAAUACCCUUCACCCUCCCCCUCCCCUGUUCUCCCCCCAGAAAAGUACUAAAUACUUGGAUUCUCAGAACAGCAAGCAAAAGUUCCCUGGUGGCAAAGCUAUCACCACUAAAUGCCUUCUCCUAGUCUUACACCAAAUACCCUGGGUCUGUUUAAUAGCAGAGGCAAAAGGCAUGUCUUAUAAACUGUCCCUAUAAGACACAUGAAUGAUCGGACACCAGGCUAGAACAUCUUAUUGUCAACAGUAAAGGAAUAUUUUGCCCAUCCUGUUUGUGACAUUGAAUUAGUGACUUCUUCAUUCAAUAGAUGUUUUUAUAAAUGUUAAAACAUCUUACUAAACAUAGAGAGGGGCUUUAUUUAAAUUAUAGAGCAACAACAAAAAUAAUGCUUGUAGCUAAACUGCCUGUUCUGGAGUCAUUUGCUUUUUAAUGUUAUUCCUCGUCCUUUUGUCUUACUUUGUCAUUGAACAAUGCCCUCCCUCUCGUCUUCCAUUCUCAUUCAGAAGUUUUAGAAGACCACGAUUCAUGUGGAGAUACACUACCCAGUAUUGUUUGAUACAUUUUUAUUUGAUAAAUAUUCAGUGCAGGAAACUGUGAUUGCUAUAUGUUUAUGUAUAUAAUUUUAUUCUGUAGUCAUCAGAAUUUUAAUGUAUGGUACAUUUGAUUUUUAUUUUUUACAUGUGUAGUUUUCUCUUUUCACAGUCAAAACAUUUAUAUUAUUGGGGUGGGGGGCAAGGAAUUAAGUUGAUGAGCCCAAAAAUCCAUUUGUAUGUAUCUGUCUAUUGGGGAUAUUUUAAAUUUGAGACCUAAGUUAUAUAUAGUUCAGUAAUGCUCUUCUUCAAUGUUUACAAUAACAUCAUAAUCGUCUGUAAGAGAAUAAAUUCUUUAUUUGCAAAUAAUUAUCAAUACUAAGGUUCUUUUAAUUUAUCAUGUCUAAAAUAGGACUUAGUUUAUUUUAGCUUGCACAGCUGACAUUCAUUUGCCAUUUAAUACAAUGUUGAGUAGUUCUCCAUAAAAAUAAAAGUGCUAACACUACAAAGAGAUGCAAACUAAUAUUCUUGCUCACUUCUACAACAUACUUACACGAAAUGGAUUUAAAAAUUAGUACUCACUGCCUAAAAUUUCCAGAGUUUGCUACUAUUUGUUUUCAAAUCAGUAGCAAGAACAUUGGUUGUAUAUUUUAUAUUUUAGUAUAGCCAAUUAUGAAAUACAAGUAUGAUAUAAGUAUGAUGAUAUUAAAUCAUAUUUCAAUAGUUUUUCUGGAAUGUGCCUUAAGAAAACAUAUAUUUGUUUUAUGUAUUAUUUUCUAGAGGCAUAAUACUGUAAAAUGGUGCAAAGCUAUGGAAAUUGAGCAUUACUAGAAACUAUCAUAACUUUUGAGUUACUACUACUGGAAAAAAUUUGCCAAAUAUCAUCUUUAAGAUAUAUUUUCAUUUUCCUUCAUCUAAAGAAUGUAUCAAAAUAGAAAGGGAAAAAGGUACCUUCUGAGUGUUAAAAAAAUGUUUAAUCUGGUUGUAUUUAAAUGUAAAUAUCAAAGAUUAAUCCAAAAAAUUGGAAAACUGUAAAAUCUGUAUAUAUUUUGAAUGCUUUACAUUUGAAAUGACUAACUCAAAAAUAUCAACAUGUGUAAUUGUAUAAAUAUUCAAGAGCAAUAAUAUGUGCCAAAUAAUAAAGCACCAUUUUGUUCUCAUGGCCAUUUUCUGGAUUAGAGUUCAUAUAGACUGCAGGGCAGACAUACAUAUGGUAUCUUGUAUUGGUUAAUUUAACCCCAUUUAUAAACAGAUGAAAUUUUUAUUUUCUUAUUUCAUUUAUAAGAUGGUUCAAUGUAUUGGGAGGCUUUUUUUUUUAUUACAGAAAGUGUAUAUUGGUAUAUAAUAAAUGAACUUUUCAAAUGA